GCGUACACAUGAACGUAUUCGCAAAAACGCCGACUGGGUAGCAGAAAAAAAGAAAGUGUCGUACGCCGUAUUGUAGGUCACUUUUCGAGAUAAUAUUUACGAAGCGUUUCCCCUUUUGUAGAAACCAUUUGGAGGUAGCCCCACCAAAUGUGCACCAAAUAGGGGAGCGAUCAAUUGUGUGUCUCCAAAGAGGUCAUACUGAGGUUCCCUUUUUUAACGUGGCACCAUAUGUGGAGCAGGGGAAGCGCAAUUCCUACUGCUGCGUAUGGUGCUUCUUCUUCCUCUCGCAAGAGGCUUCUUUUCCGAGUUCGCCAAAAGGAAGAACGGCGCCAUCCUGCCCAAGUGGCUCAACAACUAUCAUAGUCAGAUAAGCUAUGUGGACAGCCCUGCGAAAAGACCCUCCCUAGUGGUAACCGAAAGGUGCGUAAAAAAUGUACUGAAUGGAUUUCCAUGGCUAUACUCAAAAGACGUAAAAAAUGCAGAUGAAUUAACUCUGUACAGCCCAUGCAUAGUUAAUAUAAAAAAUGAAUAUGACGAGCAGCUGGGGGUAGGAAUAUACAAUAAGAACUCUAUCAUCGCAUCGAGGGUGUUAAGUACAAAUGUAAAUGAUUGCAUAAACGAAGAAUUCUUUACGUCUCGAAUUGAAAAGGCAUAUAAAAAAAGGCUGGACUUAUUCCCAAACGAUCAGUUCUUCCGUGUUGUUAAUGCAGAAAGUGAUUUCCUACCGGGGGUUAUUAUUGACAAAUUUGAUAAGCUACUAUGUGUGCAAAUAAAUGCCAGUGGCAUGGACAUCCUUUUGCAUUCCAUACUGAAUAGCAUUCAGCAGGUGCUUAACCCAGAGGUUAUAAUCCUAAAAAAUGAUAGUAAAAUUAGGAAGCUAGAAAAACUGCCCCUAAAAAAGGAGGUCUACAAAGGCAUAUACAAUGCACCGAUCGAAGUGAGAGAAAAUGGACUGACCUUCUUUGUGGAUGUUUUAAAAGGUCAAAAGACGGGAUGGUAUUAUGACCAACGAUUCAAUCGCGCAAUGCUUAUUGGCUACUGUAAGAAUAGGAGGGUACUUGAUUUAUUUUCUUAUGUAGGUUCCUUUGGAAUUACGUUAGCGUACUAUGGCGCUAAGGAAGUGACCUGCGUUGAUUCGUCCUACGAUGCUAUUCAGUAUGGGAUUAAAGCGGCUCACUACAACGGUGUAAUGGAUAAGACCAACUUUGUGCAUUCCUGUGUUAAGAAGUUUCUCAACGUUUGCCUGCACGCCCAGGUGGGGUUUCUCCCCGGCGCCAUUAACAAGGAAGAAGCACACUGCGGAGAGCACCUUGAGGGGAGCGAAUCGGGGUGUCCGAAAUUGUUAUACCAAAGAAACGUCAGAAGCAGUUCCCUUAUUUCUGGCCAUUUGGAUCUUCCUCCCGAUGGGGAUCUCACCACCCUGAGCAGCUUAGAGAAUAACGCCCACGCGAGUGCACCCCCUUCUGCGCAGGGCGGGGAGAAGCUCCUUUCGGAUGUUCAAAAUAUGUUCAUUUAUGGAAAGAGCAAAGUGGACACCAUUGAUGUAGAGGAUGUAGAAAAUUUACUUCUUAAAACCAAUAGGGAUGAAUUUUUGAGAAAAAAAUACGACGUCAUAUUGGUUGACCCCCCAGCUUUAGCACGUAACAGUUAUUUACUCCCCUCUGCUUUAAAAAUUUACCAGAAACUUUUGUAUAUAUCAUUUCGAAUUGUUCGGAAGCCUGGGUACGUGUUUGUCUCCAGUUGUAACAAACUGGUUGGGUAUGAGGAGCUGCUCGUGUGCAUACGGAGAUCGCUACACUGGUCCAAGUGCGAAGGCACCAUAAUAGGUGAGGGCCGCAUUAGCGCGGAUCACCCUGUGCAUGUCUCGCUGCCGGAAACGAGGUACCUAACGUCAGUCCUCCUGAUGGUUAGCUAGUUCGGGCGCACCUUGAGCGAAAAAAAGAAGUGGCGGAGUUUCCCCGAGCGGUUGCCCUUCUGCCCAUGCGGCAAUUUUUCUGCAUUUUGAUAAGAAGACUUUUAAGAAACGCUUACGCUAUUGUUGUGCUUCUCACUCAGUCGAAUUUGUGGACGUUCGAUGAAAUGAGAAGUUAAAUGGGGUGCAGUUAUUUUGCAAGAAAGUGUGUCCGGUCAUUUUUCCCUAAAAUGUCGCGAAAGCUGCGUGCUUCUCGUUGUGCAAAAUUUGCAACGUUGGUCGCAUUUGAAAUUUUCAGUGAAAGAGGAACCCCCGGGGGGGUGCGCACAAGGGGUAGAUUCCCCCCGUAAGCCCUUACCCCUCAUGUGCGCAUAAUAAUGCAGGAAGGCAAAAAAGGCAACGCUGAGCGGCAGCGGAGCAGCAACUGUGUGUCCGCAAAUAAUGCCUUGUUCGAAUUAUUUUUGCCACUUUUUCAGUUUGUUUCUUCGCCUAUUCUUAACUUUUUCCUUAACCCUUUACUUUUGCACUCAACCAAAUGUGAGA